AAAUUCUUCUCAGAACUGCAGUCACGCACCCUUGCUUCUUGACUCCCCAGCGCGAGCUGCUAUGCAUCUGCAGCAGCCACUCCCUAUUCUCCCUUUUGGCCGAAACCCGGGAGUGCCUUAGGCAACAGCUGUAUGCGCGAGGAGGCAGGCAUGCCCAGAAGCCGGCUCUGCUGAAGAGACCGCGCGCAGACGACUUUGAGAAAGGCGGGAAUAUAGGAGAACACCGCUCUUUUCAGAGAGCUUCAAAAUGGGCGUGUGAGUAAUAGAACAAACAUGCAUUUGGUAUAAUUAUAUGGACGUUAGAUAAAGAGUGUAUAUUUGGGUCCAUGUGUGAAGUUAGGAUUGGUUGGACUGUGCACUGAAUUCGUAGGUUACUGACUGUUGUAGGAUAGAUACUUUUAUCCUCCCAUUGGAGUAGCCUAGUACAAGGAUGGAAAAGGCGACGCAGCCUCAGCUGAUGGUCAAUAGCGCAGAGAGUCCGACGGAGGUGCCUUCAAAGAUAAGCGAUGAGGAGCUGCUCAAGUGGAGCAAAGAGGAGUUGGUGCGUCGGCUACGGAGGGCAGAAGCAGUGAAGAUGGGCUUUAUGCUUGACCACGGGAAUUUGAUCCGGGAGGUGAACCGGCGGCUCCAGCAGCACCUGACCGAGAUCCGGGGUUUGAAGGAUGUGAACCAGAAGCUGCAGGAGGAUAACCAGGAGCUGCGGGACCUGUGCUGUUUCCUUGAUGACGACCGUCAGAAGGGCAAGCGUGUGUCUCGGGAGUGGCAGCGUCUGGGCUGCUACAGCGCCGGCCUCAUGAGGAAAGAGGUGGCCCUCUACCUGCAGAAACUCAAGGAGCUGGAGCAGCGCCAGGGAGAAGUGAUCAGAGAGAACCUGGAGCUCAAAGAGCUGUGUAUCCUACUGGACGAGGAGAGAGGGGGAGGAGCAGGGCAGAGUGCAGGGUGCAGAAGCUCCAUCGACAGCCAGAGUAGUCUGUCUCAAACUGGGGGGGCUACACUGGGCUUGCUUCGAGACGUGGGGGAUGGGAGCAGCACCUCGAGUACGGGAAGCACGGAUAGCCCCGACCACCCCCACCGCAAGCCCCCUUACCAGGGCUCCAGCCUGGGCUCCAAACCUGGCUCCAACCAUGACAAACCAGAAGGCCCUGGCCCCGAAUCUACAGGCCGCCGCCACAGCUCCACCCCGGACUACCACACCUUCCCCCAGGCCUGCAGGCCCCGCGGGGGGUCCCUUACCAGCCCUGAUCCCAGGGGCCUCCGGGGGCCCUGCAGCCCAGAGAAACACGGCAUAUUCCCUACCCGACUGGCGGCUGAGGCCCACUCCAAACCCAACAGUGCUGGCAUGCUGGCCCAGAAACCGCUUUUGGGGUCUGGGCAAGGGAUAGGGCCAAACCAAGGUUCAGGCCAGUCAAGUCCUGACCUCUCACAGAGACACAGGGUUAAUGCGGUCGGGGUUGGAUGUUGGACCCCUGAGCCCAAACAGGCACUGACGGGGACGCCAGAGCACCUGAGGAAGGGUCGGGUGAUUGUGGGGAGCCCUGAAGUGUUACGACACCACAACCACAGCCCCAGUUCAGAGCACUGGAAGGGGAGGUACGGCAGCAGCCCCCCAGCAGGCAGAGAGUGGGGACAGAUGAGGACCACUGGAGAUGAGUUGUCCCCUCACAACGGCAGCAUCUACAGUGGCAUGAACGCUCUCAUAUCUGCUGGCUGCUGCACCAACACCUGUAGGAGUGUGAAGCUUUGGGACAGCUUUGAUGCCUCCUGACCACCACAAGCCUCAGUCAUACAUGCUGCUGUGACCAGAGUCUCUAAAGGGAAGGGGGAGAGAGAGAGAAACAGUAUAAAGACAGUUGCAGUAGAGAAAGUUCAAGAUAAAUAAAGAGAGAAAGAAAGACGGGCAGAAAGAUACAAAGAAAGAAUGAAAGACAAUGUCUUGAUGAGGGUGACUCUCUGACUUCAGCCAUGAUCCUUCUUGACUUCAAAUAGAGGAAACAUUAUUGUUUUAGAGGCAAAGCCAAACACUCCAUGAUUGCCAAACGAAUAUUGCUGUCAGUGAGAUAUGAUAAUCUGUCUGUUGCCAACAGAAUAGUCCUACCUCCUUUGAGAAAGAAACCUGAUGAAAGAGAAAGGAACAAGACUUGUAGGCCAUGGGCCCUUUACAGACCAACACAUGCUCCCCAUAAUACAGUGCAAUACUCUGUUCCCCUUUCAGCUUUGUGUGAAGUUCCAACUAGUGUUACUGGACAGUACAUAAACCUUGUGUCAAAGUUAAACUGAGAAGAUUGCAUCAUAUUGACCCAUAUUAUACAUUUUGAAAUUCACAAACGUUGGUUUCAACCUGCUCAUAUGACAAUGGCUGUGGAGCAAACAUAUCAAAAUCCUAUCCUCAAUUCAUGUGAUAUGUGCGGGGCCACAGACACAUACACAAACGCGCGUGCGAACAUACACACAUUUCACACACAUUUCAUUACUACUAACGGACUGCUAUAUAACCUCGUCUCCCUGUGACUUGAUACAUUUGUGUUGAUAGAACUAAGAUAGAAAUAAGAUAAGUCAAGAGUAGUGUAUAUCAUCUUAGUUUUCUAUAUAUAUAUAGAUAUAUAUAUAAAACAAUGAAAGUUAUUAUUUUUGAUGUACUGGUGUUAUAUCUAUAAAUAUCAUAUCAGGAGAUGUAUGCAUAAGAUAAUAAAGUGUCUUUAUGU